ACGCGCGAGCACUUCCGCCUCGAGCCGGAAGCUCCGUCCCUCACACCGAGAGUUCCUGCGCGUGGGGAGUUGGAGAGUUUGCGUGGCGGGAACGCGGCGGCAGUGAGAGCGAGCGGCGCCGGCCUUUGCGUCCGGUGCGGCGAUGCUGACCCCGGCGUUCGACCUCAGCCAGGAUCCGGACUUCCUGACUAUCGCCAUCCGCGUGCCCUACGCCCGGGUCUCCGAGUUCGACGUCUACUUCGAGGGGUCUGACUUCAAGUUCUACGCCAAGCCAUACUUUCUCAGAUUAACCCUUCCUGGAAGAAUUGUAGAAAAUGGAAGCGAGCAAGGGUCCUAUGAUGCAGAUAAAGGAAUUUUUACCAUUCGCCUGCCCAAAGAAACCCCUGGCCAGCAUUUUGAGGGGCUGAACAUGUUAACUGCUCUUCUGGCACCAAGAAAAUCCAGGACAGCAAAACCACUUGUGGAAGAAAUAGGUGCUUCUGAGAUUCCUGAGGAAGUAGUUGAUGAUGAAGAGUUUGAUUGGGAAAUUGAGCAGACACCUUAUGAAGAGGUAUCAGAAAGUGCUUUGAAUCCGCAGUGCCACUAUGGAUUUGGAAACUUACGAUCAGGAGUGUUGCAGCGGUUACAGGAUGAACUGAGUGAUGUUAUUGAUAUUAAGGAUCCAGAUUUCACCCCUGCAGCUGAACGAAGACAGAAGCGCCUGGCCGCUGAGCUGGCCAAGUUUGAUCCUGAUCAUUAUCUAGCUGACUUUUUUGAAGACGAGGCGAUUGAACAGAUUUUGAAGUAUAACCCUUGGUGGACUGACAAAUAUUCAAAAAUGACGGCCUUUUUGGAAAAGAGUCAGGAACAAGAAAAUCAUGCUACAUUAGUGUCUUUUUCUGAAGAAGAGAAAUAUCAGCUACGAAAAUUUGUCAAUAAAUCUUAUCUGCUGGACAAGAGAGCCUGUCGUCAAGUGUGCUACAGUUUGAUUGAUAUCCUUCUGGCAUAUUGCUAUGAAACCCGUGUCACUGAAGGAGAGAAGAAUGUUGAAUCUGCAUGGAAUAUCAGGAAACUGAGUCCAACACUAUGCUGGUUUGAGACUUGGACUAACGUUCAUGAUAUCAUGGUGUCUUUUGGAAGAAGGGUGUUGUGUUACCCACUCUAUCGCCAUUUCAAGCUGGUGAUGAAGGCCUACAGGGACACUAUAAAGAUAUUGCAACUGGGUAAAAGUGCAGUUUUAAAGUGUCUCCUGGAUAUUCACAAAAUUUUUCAGGAAAAUGACCCAGCGUACAUACUGAAUGAUCUCUACAUCUCAGACUACUGUGUGUGGAUUCAGAAAGUCAACACUCUGGAAGUUCUGGCACUGAAACCCAGGGCUAAGAGAAAGCUACCCAUCAACGAUGGUGACUGCUCUUGUCCCACUCACCGCACUGUGCCUCCCGCUCACCCUUGGACACUGCAGUGGUGCUUCUGUGGCCUGAUUACACAUGUGAAGAGGCAGCAGGGGUUGUGGGGGGUGGGGGGCAAUCCCUGCACAAUCUCAUUAUUGUGCUGAGUACUUUGAGAAAUAGCAUUUCAGGUACAUGUGGGCACCCAGAUUAAAAUACCAUCUUUGUUCGGUAUUUCCCAUUGUACCAUCAGCUCCACUGAAAUGAAGCCUCAUUUUCCUGAUAUUAUGGGAUGGACUAUACUUUUACAAAUGAAUUUAUCUUGUAAACUCACUGUCAUCCAGUUUGUCUCAAAGCCACUCAAUGUUUUGUAUGUUCAUUUAAUCUUUGGAGUCAGGGAAACAUAGAAACCAUGUCAGCAUGUUUACCACUUUCACUCACUGCCACCUUUCUUCAGUUGUCACAUCAGAUUUCCCCUUAAGAAUAGUAGUCAUCUUUGGAGAAUGCCAGCUUGUGUCAUGUUGGUUCUUUUAGAAACAAAAAACAACUAAAUGCAUCCAAGUUAAUAAUGGAAAAGUUUAUUUACUCGAUACAAUGUAAUAUUAUAAAUCUAGCAGGUAAUUUAGAGGAAAAGCAUCUUCGGCUGGUCAUGGUGGCUCACGCCUGUAAUCCCAGCACUUUAGGAGGCCGAGGUAGGUGGAUCACGAGGUCAGGAGAUCAAGACCAUCUCGGCCAACAUGGUGAAACCUCAUCUCUACUAAAAAUACAAAAAAAAUUAGCUGGGCUUGGUGACUCAUGCCUGUAAUCCCAGCACUUUGGGAGGCUGAGGCUGGCAGAUCACGAGGUCAGGAGAUCAAGACCAUCCUGGCCAACAUGGUGAAACCCUGUCUCUACUAAAAAUACAAAAAAAUUAGCUGGGCAUGGUGGUAUGCGCCUGUAGUCCAAGCUACUCGGGAUGCUGAGGCAGGAGAAUCACUAGAACCUGGGAGGCGGAGGUUGCAGUGAGCCAAGAUCACACCACUGCACUCCAGCCUGGCGACACAGUGAGACUCUGUCUCAAAAAAAAAAAAAUCUUCUGAAAUAAUAUGAAAUGGUUUUCUCAUAAAAAGAAAAAGCACUCCAUGCUGCUGAUAUUGCUUUUCCUCCUUGUACAUUUUAAGAUUAUGAACAUUUAUAUAGGUUUAAAAAAUACAACAAUAGGCAGUGAAAAGGCUCCGUCAUGCCAUCAUCCUGUGUCAUCCCCCAUAUUUCCAGUUCCCACCUUAUCUCCUUUACAGAAGUUACUGUUUUCUGUUACUUUGGAGAGUUUAUUAAGAAGUAUACAAGCAAAUAGAAAUAUCUGUUUUGAUAUCUUUCCUGUUAUUUUCCCUUUUUAUAUAUAUGUAGCAUAUACAUAUGGUGAGCCUUUUGUGUUGUUAAGCAGUAAGUCUGGAUUGGCCCACGGAGAGCUUCAUUCAUUGUACAGCUGUAGGCUAUUCCAUUGUAUGGAUAUGUCAUAACUUAUUUCACCAGUCAACCAGUCUUAUAACAAGGACAUUUGGUUGUUUCCCAUUUUUAGGUAUUAAAAAACGAUGUCAUAGUAAAUAACCUCAGACCUAUGUCAUACAUGACAUAGGUUUACUACAUGUGUUUAAUUUUCAGACAUGGGGCUUUCUGGGUCCAGGGUAUAUACAUUUUCCAUUUUGAAAGUUAUUCAGACAUGGGGCUUGCUGGGUCCAGGGUAUAUACAUUUUCCAUUUUGAAAGUUAUUGCCAAGUUCUCCUUCAUGGGGGUUGUAGCUAUUUAAUCUCCCUGCAUCAGUAUAUGAAAGUGCCUUUUCUCCUGCAGUCUUGUUAACAGAAUAAUAUCAAAUGUUUGGGUAUUUUCCAAUAAAAAAUAUAUCUGACAUAUGA